GCGUCUUUCUCGGAAUUCACGAAGAUCUUUGAGUGACCAUCCUUGACCUUUUCUACUUUGCUCAUUAAUUUCACUUCGGCGACGGUAAACAAGACUAGAAUUCUGCAACCUUGCCCAACAUCAUGUCAUUUGUACGAUCGUAUAGCAAUGCUAGUCCUACCUGGUUGUAUCCUUUGUUUUUCAUAGGCUUGAUUGUUUGUUUACCAGGUGUUUCUGCUUUUGGCUCUGGCAAAAUUCCAGACGCUGCUUAUCUCAAAGGCAAGGCUUGGCGUCAUGGCGAUAUCGAUGACGUACUCGAAGGCUUGGUCAAAGUAGCGGGACAAGGUGGUGGAGCAAUCAUCGGCGCUAUCGCUAGUGCUUUCUUCAAUUCGGGCUCAGGUGAAGGGCGUGGCCGUGCCCGGGGAGGUAAAAAGUUCUCUGGAUUAGAUGUCAAAAGGGUUUACUUCGGAAACUGGUUGAGGGACUUGUCCCAAGUGUGCGAUAUCGCUGGGUUCAAGGCCAUGACAGCUGAAUCGCUGGUGAUAUGUAUCAUGACGAUGGGCUUCCUAACUUUCGGGUAUGCCACAAAAGAAUUCCAGGUGACUCGGGAACGAUUGUCCGUUUAUUUGCUUACCGAGCAUAUUGAUAAUCCUAAAGGGUAUGGGGAAGGCGAAGAUCCUCAAAGUUACGACCGUCGGCUUCGACCACGAGUUGACGAGGACCGGGAACUUCAAAUUGAUGAACGCAAUGGCAUGAAGAAAUACAUUGCAUCGGAUCAUGAAGAAUUUGAUACUUCGACUAAAUGUAUCAGGCGAACUUUCCAAAAGUGCAUCCAAAUUGGCAGGGAAGCUCGCGCGGAAAAUAACCAGGACAAGGAACACGAAAGCUUUCGACUUCUGGGGACCGGAUUGCACACUCUGGAAGACUUCUCUGCGCAUAGUAAUUGGUGUGAGUUGGCACUUCAAAAACUUGGCCACAAGCAGGUUUUUGCGCACGUGGGAGAAAAUGUUCGAGUCAACAGCCCGGAUGGACCUGUCCCACCGCUCGUCACCGGCACAUUUGCAGGAGCCGACUUUUGUUUCUCAAUGCUCGGGGAGGCGAGUGACAAAUUGUCCUCUGCGUCAAUUGCUGAUUUGACUGCUCAGAUGGAUGAAGCCCAGAAUCAAAACAAACAAUCGGAUGGAGGGAGAUUUGAAUUUAUCAAGUCCAUUUUGAGUAAAUUGCCCCUCGGUGGUAGCAAUGGUGAUACCACUGUGAACGACGAUUUAGAUCAGAUGAAUCAAAAGAAGAAGGCUUUCGACCUUGAUGGCCGUAUCGACCAGCUUGCCCCCGAACAGCUGCAACAGCAAUUGUGGGACAUCUUCGUGAUACGCGAUAAUUUGAUGCGACGCAUUGAGGAGCUCAUCGAGGGCGUUCCCGGUUUGGGCGAACUCCUUGAAAAUCUAUCUUUGGCGCUCACCCAGUACAUCAUGAUCACCAUUGACCCCUAUGUUAGACCCAUCUUGAUGCAAGCUAGCACUGCCAUAGGAGAAGGAAGUCAGGCUGUCAUUAGUGGAAACGAUCAAUGGACCGUGUUCAAUGACCCUAAUGCAUCUGACCCCACUCAUUCAGUCCUUGCCAAAGAUCAUUUCUCUAAUAUACUCAACGACCCAGCUGGAAAUAUAUCUGUGAUCAUUGUGAAACAUACUGUCAACUUGAUUGUAGAUGCAUGGAGCAACAAUGAUGAUCCGGAUCGGGUCAUUGAUCAAAUCUUAGAAGCCAUUCACCAUCCUAAUUAUGCCAGCCAAAAUUCGGAUAUUCAAAUGCAAAUGAUGAAGUAUAUGCAAAAGUGGUUGGACGGCAUGGAUGUGGAUGAUCGUGAAUUAACUCUCAAAAGCUUGACCAAAGACAGUGUUCGUAAUCAUCGAAACCAAAGGAAAACUACCGAAGAUGGUUCUGACCCUCGCAUCGGUUCCGGCGGGGCAUCAAACGCUCACGCACACUCUUCCAUCGGGCAAAGUCAAACUUCGUACAACGCCAAUCAAUCUCGUCCAGAGGGACGCAACCAAGCACACGAGAGGCCCUCUUAUCAAAUGGACGAUGGAUCCGCGAGCAAUGAAUUCAAUUCUCGCAGCUCCUACUCGACUUCGCAGCCAGCUAGAAGCUCCCAAUAUAAUCAACACGCUUCGAGCGGAGCUUAUACGAGAAAUCCACAAGGCGCAAAUGCAAACCUCUAUCAAAGUGAUCAAGGCGGAUUUCGCAGGACACAACAGACUGACCGACCUUCAGGCAAUCAAGGCUACGAUGGGGACAUACAAGGUGAUGGGUACCAACAAAAUCAAAGCGCAGGUUUCGCCCGCCAUGGUAGUGGACAAGUGGAUUCUUCUCAAGACGAACUUCGCAGUUCGCAACAAACCCACCGACCUUUACGAAAUCAAGGCUACGAUGGGGACACCCAGGGCAACGAGUACCAACAAUAUCAGAGUGAAGGUUUUGGCCGCCAUGGCAGUAGACAUGUAGAUUCAUCGCGUUUCGACCAGCGAAAUGAUCACGAGAACGAGCGAACCAAUAGAGUCUCAUACAACCAGGGUGGUUUAGACGAAUCCUCAUACGAAGGGCAAAGACAUGGUGCACGUGAACAUACCGAGGAUGACUAUCAAACCAAUCGCCAAUCUGAAUACCCUGGUAGAUCUCACCAAACUCAAGCGCGCGAUGAUGAGUAUGACACAAACAAUGGCGGGUCAUACCGCGAGGCUCGGCAUACUGCCCAAUAUGGAGACGCCCAACAGGAGUACAAUAGUGGCAACCGCAGUCAUCAUGGAGAAUCAAGGUACAAAAAUCCUGGUGAAUAUUCACAGGACCAGGAUCGAUCCGCUAGCCGAGACAGAAACGAAUAUCGUGAACGAGACGAUUCUUCCAGAGAGGAUUACGAGCGACAAAAUGAUUACGGUAUGGGACGACUCAACAUGGACGACUCAUCCCGCAGUCGUUACGAAUGAUAUGUUGAAAAAGUCCUUGAACCUCUUGUUUUCUACUCCAAAUAUUAUUAUGUCACGUAUCUUUUAAAAAAUGCUCAAAUGUAGCCUACCGUCAAGACUUUUGACCUGAUGGUAAAAGAAAAUGAUAUCACUUUAGUCUCUCU